AUGAGUAAACACCAGAAUAAACAGGAUGCUUGGGAGCUAAUACGGAGCAGAUUAUCGCACAGUCCGACGCAAAGAUUAAGCCGGCAAUUCAGAUUGCCGACGGAUAGUGCGGAGAAUCAGACCAGGAGAAAAACGCUGUCGAAGCUCUCCAUGAUUGGUUUCAAUGGGGCCGGCGUACUCUUUCACAGGCGCGGGGAUCGACUUAAGAUCCCGAAAUAUCAGAACACUUAUCGCUUGGAACCGUUCAGAGUUUUUCACGCAGUAGCAGUCGACAAGAUCGUGCGUGACGUAAUGGAGGCGAAAUUAUCGGUGAUUACGUCAUAUCAUCCGGAUCAGACGUCAAAAUUAUGUUUGGAUAUUGCAGCCGACGUGCUGAAGGCUGUCGGAAAGAAGGAUUAUGACAGGUGCAAGGUGGUGACACAGGUGUACAUAAUCCAGCGCUUCCAGCAAAGUAUUCACGCGGCCUUUCAAUGCCUCUGGGACGUGGAGCGCGAUAAUUACUCGUAUCACGCGUUCGAAAACGAUCACAUAUACGCGUGGUGUUGCGUGUUUGGUAUAUAUUACGAUUAA